AUGAUUGGGUUCAAAUUUUCUUUAAGACCUGUUUCCUUAGCAUCAAUCUCCUUAAGAUCGCUUCAUAAUGGAUCAUUCAACAGAAUCACAAACACUUCCAUGUUAAUGCCAGUCAAAUCAAUGGCUAGAUCAUCUGGUCCUUUGAUCAGAUCAAUGGUUUCCCCAUUAAGAUCUUAUAGUGUCAUUGCUGAUGAAUGUAAAGCUAAAAUUUAUGAUUAUAAUGAAAUUAAAAACUUAUCAUCCAAUCCUUCUUCAGAAUUCAUGUUAGUUGAUGUUAGAGAACCAAUUGAAUUCGAACAAGGUCAUAUACCAGGAGCUAUAAAUGUUCCAUUCAAAUCUAAUCCCGGAGCUUUAGGUUUAAGCGAAGAAGAUUUCGAAGAAAAUUUCGGUUUCACUAAACCUGAUCCAAGUAAAGAAUUAAUUUUCUAUUGUUUAGGUGGUGUAAGAUCAACUGCUGCCGAAGAUUUAGCUAAAACUUUCGGUUAUACUAAGAGAGGUAAUUAUAUUGGUUCUUAUGAAGAUUGGAUAACUCAUGAAAUUAAGAAAUCAGAAUCAUAA